AAAGCCCUCAAAUCUAUCUUUGACCAUCGCCCACACGAUCUCUCUCUCAUGGCCUCUGUUUGAUUCGGUUUUGUAAAUUUGAACUUUUCUCCUCGUCUUCAUCGUCUCUUCACUUUCUUCCUUCUUCUUCUUUCUUCUUCUUUCAAUCUCCCAUUUUUCUCAGUCCAAUCACACUCCCAUUUCACUCUCUCUCUCUCUCUCAAUUUCACUCUUCCUCUCUGUUUUUAUGUAUUUUCAGAUUCAAUUUCUCUGACUCUCAUUACUGCUUCCUUACUCUCUACUGCCUUCUAUCAGUCUAUUAAUCAUUAAUUCAAUCUUUCAAUCUAUCUCCUUCUCUGAUUUACGGCUGGGAUUCUUAAUCUCACGUCUUCACCGCCGUUUGUCGGCCUUCUUCACUUUGAACUCUACUACCCAUUACCGAAACAUAGAGUAUUAAUCUCUUUUCUACUUUCUUUUCUCAUUCUUAUCUUUUUUCGCCACCGUUCCCCUGGUUCUCUCACUGUUUAUGUUUCUGGGUUGAUGUCUGCUUUCCAUUUCUCUCGCCCUAUGCGUCGUCUUCAUCUUCCUUCGCUUUUCGAUUCUGUAUCUGCGCUGUGCUUCUGACUACAAACUGCUAGUUGAUCUCCAUCAGAAUGUUAAGCAGCAUCUUCAAAGAAGACAUCAAAUUUAAAAGCUUUCUGUCAAAUCACAAUGUUUAGGAAAAUUUGACCUUUUCAGUACAAUCUAUGGAACUUAUUGGUCCAAGGAGAGUGAAUAAAAAGAAUCACCUUAUUCAAGAGAAUGGUGAUUCUCUUUUAUCAAAUGCAGAUGAUCUUGAUCCGUGGACUGCAUGGGCCUAUAAGCCGCACACAGUUUCUUUGUUACUUCUUGGUGCCUGCUUUCUUAUCACCAUGGCCUUCGACAUUUAUAGUUUUGGGUUGGAUUCUAACACUUUGGAUAGGAAGAAUAAAGGGAGGGCAUUAGAGACUCUAUUUCCUAGUGCAUGCUGGGCCAGUGGUGCUCUAGAUCCUGAAUGCGCUGCUUCAAGUGAUCUUGUUUCAUCAGUUAAAAGGGGUGUGUGGGCAAUGAUCGCUGUAUUCCUUGCAUAUUGCCUGCUUCAAGCUCCUUCUACGAUUCUUAUUAGGCCGCAUCCAGCUGUAUGGCGCCUAGUACAUGGCUUAGCUGUCAUUUAUCUUGUAGCACUCACAUUUUUACUUUUCCAGAAACGUGACGAUGCUCGAGCAUUCAUGAAAUUUCUUCAUCCUGAUCUAGGCCUUGAGCUUCCUGAAAGAUCAUAUGGUACUGAUUGCCGUAUAGUUAUUCCUGAAAAUCCCACAAGCAGGUUUAAGAAUGUCUAUGCAACAUUAUUUGAUGAAUUUGUUCCUGCUCACAUAAUUGGAUGGUGGGGAAAGGCUAUAUUGAUCCGUAACCAGCCCCUUCUUUGGGUACUAUCAAUUGGGUUCGAGUUAAUGGAGCUUACCUUCCGCCAUAUGCUACCAAAUUUCAACGAAUGCUGGUGGGACAGUAUUAUUCUUGACAUUCUAAUUUGCAAUUGGUUUGGAAUAUGGGCAGGAAUGCGCACUGUUCGAUAUUUCGAUGGGAAAACAUACAAGUGGGUUGGCCUAAGUCGUCAACCUAAUAUUAUUGGAAAAGUGAAGCGGACCUUGGGACAGUUCACCCCAGCCCAGUGGGAUAAAGAUGAGUGGCAUCCGUUACUUGGUCCAUGGCGUUUCAUUCAAGUUCUUGCUCUUUGCAUUGUUUUCUUGACGGUGGAGCUUAAUACAUUCUUUUUGAAGUACUGUCUCUGGGUUCCUCCUAGAAACCCUGUAAUAGUAUACAGGUUGGUUCUAUGGUGGUUAAUCGCCAUACCGACGAUGCGUGAGUACAACGUUUACCUUCAAGACAGGAAACCCGUGAAAAAAAUUGGGGCAUUCUGUUGGCUCUCUCUUGCCAUUUGUGUGGUUGAACUUCUAAUUUGUGUGAAGUUUGGACAUGGUUUAUAUCCUAAACCAAUGCCAUCUUGGUUGGUGCAAUUCUGGAUAUCUGUUGGAGUUUCCCUUGUAUUAUUCCUGCUUAUUUGGAGCUGGCAACUUCACCAAUUAGUUGCAAGGAAAAAGUGGAAAUAAUUUUUAUUGAUUUCUUCAUAGGAAAAGAAAAAAGGAAUUCUUUUUAUUUAUGGGAAUCUCAUUGAUCAUAAUGUAAAAUUUUUAAUGUAUUUUGUAGAUAGCAAUCAGAUUUUCUAUUAGGUUAGUGGUAGAGUCGAUGUGAGGUUUUUCUUUGGAGGGAAGAAUGUCUUUCAUGCCUAAAAUAAGGCUAAUACGUUUGAUUAUCCACCCAAAUGGUGGCCUACAUCAUUUUUAUAUUGUGCAACUUAUAGAAUUUAAUUCAUUUGGCAUUGCAAUGCCUUCCAACAGUGUUUUGUUUCCUGAAUGUAAAUCAAACGUAUCAGAUUCUAAAAUAUAUAAAGAAUAAAUUGUUACACAGUCA